UUGAGCCCGUCGCAAAGGAAAUACUCACCAUACGAUAGGGAGCUCCUUGCUGUUUACGAGAGCAUUAAGUACUUUAGACAUUGGCUAGAGGCAACACCAUUCACCAUCUAUAUCGACCAUAAGCCGCUGUGCUUUGCAUUUCGCGAACGAAAGGCAAAUUGCAGUCCACGGCAAUUUAGACAUCUAGACUACAUAUCACAGUUCUCAACCGACAUACAACACAUCGCCGGGAAAGAUAAUGUCGUUGCUGACACGCUUUCCCGGGUUGAGCAGGUCGAUGAACUGCUAAGCCCUGUAGAUCUAGAUGUCAUUGCCAAGGCUCAAGACUCCGAUCCUGAAUUUGCAGAUUUGUUAAGGCAGGACACUUCCUUACAAGUUCAAAGAAUAAAGAUACCUGGUAGUCGCAAUGAACUGUACUGCGACGUCAGCACAACGACUCCCAGGCCUUUAGUCCCUAAAGCCUUACGCAAGCGAAUUUUUGAUAGCUUGCACUCGCUAAGCCAUCCCGGCGCUAACGCUAGCGCAAAACUUGUGGCAGAACGCUUUGUCUGGCCACUGAUGAGGAAAGACUGUCGCGAAUGGUCUAAGGCGUGUUUGGCAUGCCAGCGCACAAAGGUAAAUCGACACGUUUCGACGCCUUUUGGUACGCUCGAUUUACCUACGGCGCGAUUCAAAUACGUCCACUUAGACCUUAUCGGACCUUUACCUCCGUCUGGUGAGUAUCGGUACUGUUUGACAGCUGUCGAUCGCUUCACGCGAUGGACUGAAGCUGUACCACUAAAGGAUAUCACCGCGGAAUCAGUGGCUAAAGCGUUUUUAUCGGGAUGGAUAGCGCGGUUCGGUUGCCCUACCGAUAUUGUUACCGAUCGCGGUAGGCAAUUCGAAUCAGCACUAUUCGCGCAGUUAUCAAGGUUCAUUGGCUUUAAGCACCGCAGGACUACCAGCUAUCACCCUCAAUGCAAUGGUCUCGUCGAAAGAUUUCAUCGGCAAUUAAAAACAGCAAUCAUUAUGUGCCAUGCCGAUAGCAGUUGGACUGAAGCUUUGCCAAUUGUGCUUCUCGGCAUAAGAAGCUCUUUCAAAGAAGAUCUUCAGUCUUCCUCAGCCGAGUUAGUAUACGGCGAGCCAUUGCGACUUCCUGGUGAAUUUUUUGGCCACAAAGUUGACAAAUGUACGACUGACAUAACGGACUUUUCAGCCCGUAUCAGAUCAUUUGCCAAUAAGUUACAGCCAGUGCCAACUUCGCACCAUGCGAAAAACAAAAUCUUUAUUUAUAAAGAUCUAACAUCUUGUUCGCAUAUUUUCCUCAGAGAAGAUAGGUUGAGAGGUGCGUUACAACCAGCAUAUACUGGUCCUCACGAGGUGGUUGAGAGAAAUGAAAUAACUUUUAAAAUCAGAGUAAAGGGCAAAGUCGUGACAGUAUCGGUAGACCGACUGAAACCAGCCUACAUACUGUCCCACUCCAAUGAUCCCACUCCAACUCCUUCUCCACCACUUAAACCAACUCCUAAUCCCACACCCACUCCACUUCCAAAUAGCAGCCCAUCGUCAACAACUGCGUGCAAAACAACUCGUUCUGGGCGCAGAGUACAUUUCCCAGAUUAUUAUCGCCCGUAG